CCGCGGGUAAAGAUGGCGACAGCUGAGCGGAGCAGCGGAUCAACUUUAUCCUCCCGGCUCUGACUGGAUUCUCCUCCCGGCGAACGCAGCGUCUGAGCCGGCUGCGUCUUCUCCCGGCGUCCGUUGCUGCUGCCGCCUCCUCGCUGAAAUCUCCUCCGCAGCCGGACCUCAGCGCUCCUCCCCGGCCUCGGAUCGGUUCGGAUCCCCCCCCCACCCCUCCCCUCUCUCUCCCCACCCCUCCCCGCUCACCCCGCCGAGGAGCAGACCGGAGCUCCGGCUAAAGUUUCCUCUCGUCUCCGUUUUCCGGGAUUUGUUGGCGGAGAAAACCCGGACCGAGCCGCGCUAACCGCCCUCACAGGCCCGUCUUGUGUUUCAGGAGGCCUGAAGCUCACAUGCCCAGAGGAGGAGGAGGAGGAGGAGAGGACGAACACAGCAGAGAGGAUGAAGAGUUUUCUGUGCUGACGUACAAGGACUGACAGGCCGACAGGAAGGAAGGAAGCGGGACCCAGGAUGACGAGCACGGCCCCAGCCAGGAAGCCGUAUCGUAAGGCUCCGCCGCAGCACCGCGAGACUCGCCACGCCCUGCCCACUGCCCCACCCCCACCUGCACCGCAGCCCAACAUCAAUCAGGAGGCCUUAUCAGACUCUGACAGGAUCAGAAUUCUUCAGCAGCAGAAUGAGGACCUGCGGCGCCGCCUCUCUCUCUCCACCCACAAGAUGGAGGCCAUGGAGGCGGAGUUUGACGGCAGCCGUCACUACAUGGAGGCGGAGCUCAGCCGGACCAGAGAUGACCUGGACAAGAUGAGAGACAAGUUCCGCAGACUGCAGAACAGCUACACGGCGUCUCAGAGAGCCAAUCAGGAUCUGGAGGAGAAGCUUCACGCUCUGCUACGGAAGGUGGAGAGGGACAAAAAGACGAUGGACCAGGAGAUCGUGGAGCUCACCAACAAACUGCUGGAUGCCAAAAACACCAUCGACCGACUGGAGGAGCUCAAUGAGCGCUACAGGCAGGACUGUAAUUUGGCCGUUCAGCUGCUCAAAUGCAACAAGUCGCAUUUCAGGAACCACAAGUUUGCUGAUCUGCCCUAUGAGCUGCAGGACAUGUUGAAUAAACACAUGAAGAGCAGCCUGCCGGAGGGGGGCCCCGGUCCUGGUCCUCAGGAUCCUGACACGCUGAGUUUGACCCCGGCUGACGUGGUGCCGACCUCCGUCAUCGCCAGGGUCCUGGAGAAACCCGAGCCGCUGGUCCUUAACUCCGCCCAGUCCAGCAGCUGUGGCCGGCCCAUUGCCGAGGACGUCUUCGUGCAUGUGGACAUGACGGGCCCUGUGGGGGCCGAGGGUCGAGAGAACGGCAGCGGUCAGGAGGCGUCACCGCAGAACGGGUCCUGUCGCAGUCAGAGUAGUCUGGACGGGCAGUCGGGGGGCGAGGAGGUGGGGGGGGCUCCGUCCUUCGAGAAGCUGAACCCGUACCCGGCGCCCCCGCCCCCCCACCCCCUGUAUCCCGGCCGAAAGGUCAUUGAGUUCUCAUCAGACGACAAAGUGAAGAUCCCCAAAAACUCCCCGCUGCCUAACUGCACCUACGCCACGCGCCAGGCCAUCUCCCUGAGCCUCGUACAGAAUGACGACGAACGGCUGGCUCCCGGCAGCCCCGCCCCCUCCUCGUCCUCUGGCGGGGGGGGAGUCAAUCAACGUACGCCACCAUCACAGCGGGACGCCACCAGCGAACCACUGUCCAGCCAGUCCAGCCCCUUCAGCAGCCCACCACAGGCCCCCAGCGUCCUGGCGAGCUCUGGCAGCUCGGAGGAGGACCUUCUGGCCAACUGGCAGAGGAUGUUUGUGGAGAAGAUGGCCCCGUCCUGCGACAGCUCUCUGGUCCACCGCACCUCGUUCAGCAGUCAGACGGCUCAGGAGCUGCAGAGGAGGAGGGAGGCGUGCGGGGCCGGCACCCCCUUCGACCGACACAGGGCGGCGUACUCAGAUGGCGAAGAGGGAUCGUCGGCAAGGAGCUGGACGCCGAGCCGCGGCUCCAGCCUAGACACAGAUACCGACACAGAGCUGCGGCCCGGCAGGAGGGGGCGCUACGGGGGACACGGCUCCACAGAGGAGGGGGAGAGGCUGCUGAUGAACCUGGAGGACGAUGGUGGCAGUGGAGACACGGCAGUCACUAUGGCGACCAGUCCUGCUGAAGCUCAGAGGAAGGAGUUAGAGAAGGAAGAGGAGGAGGAGGAAGACGAGAGCUCGGCCGAGGAGAGAGACGUCCUCCCCCACGAACUGCCCGUCAUCGCGCCCCGCCUCCUGGACUUUGACCCCACCCUCGCUGCCGCCCCCUUGCAGCGGCCCCAGAAGAGUCCAAAGAGGAUGGGCGUCCACCACCUGCACCGCAAAGACAGCCUGACCCGAGCCCAGGAGCAAGGCACGCUGCUGGACUGAUGCUCCCUCUUCACUGUCUGAGCACGCCUCACUCACCCCACACUGUGUCCCUCAGCUGCUGUCUGUCUCCAUGGAAACUGACCUGUCUGUCACAGGGUCAGAGGUCAUACUCAUCCAGGAUAUAGCCAUACUCUACUGUAUGCUGCCGAGAUCGCAGCCUGUUUGUGUGUGUGUGUGUGCGUGCGUGUGUGUAAGUGUGUGUGUCGGACCAGCGAGAUGCUUUUGGCCACAGAGGGGGCUUGGUGUGUCCACAUACUUUUGGCAUGUAGAAUAUGUAGACACAUCACCUGUCCAAAUACUUUUGGACACAGAAAGUGCUUCAGUCUGCAUAUUUUUGGCCAUAUUGUGGUCAGAUAUCUACAUACCUCAUAACAAAUACACUUAUUGGCCAAAAGUAUGUGGACAAUUAAUAGUGGUAGUUCCUUGAUUACUUGUCCACUUACUUUUGGCCACAGAGAGAAUUUUGAACACCUGUCCAAAAUAAAUUUUGAAUAACAAUAGAAUCAGUAUUAGAAACCCCAUAUCUAUUCUGUGUGCGUGUGCGUGUGCGUGUGCGUGCACGCGUCAGACCGAUCAGCUCCUAUUGAUCAGAUGAUCAUUAAACUCAGUGAUGAAGUCGCAGUAAAUCAGCUGAUCAGUUCCUGUUUGUGUGGAUGUUAAUGUUUAAAUUCACACAAACACGUUUGUUUUUCUGUAAUCGAGUGAAAUUCUGUUUUCUUUCACAUAGAAUCGCUGAAAACACCAUAAUAUGUGGCCAAAAGUUUGUGGACAGCUCCUCUGCUCUGUAAAAUACUAAAUAAAAAACGGAUUGUUUUAUUCUUUGCCAGAAUUAAAUAUUUUUGACAUUUCCACCAAAUUUUCAGGAGGUAAAAUUUACAGACAAUAUAACUGAACAAUCAAACAAUGACUAAACAUAUGUGAACGUUUUCUUAAAUACUCAGAAAAUUGCACAGACUUUGGUUGGUGAUGGCAGCACACUUAUAGCAGUAGUUGAAAUGUAAUUUGGUGUCUGCGUAUUUUAGGUAAACUGUCCACAUACCUUUGGCCAUGUAGCAUAUUGUGAUCAGGUGUAGUUUGAAGCAGUAGUUUGCUCUGGUGUCCAGGGACAUCGGCCCCAUCACCUGUGACACAUAAGCAGUAUAUUAGAGUCAUUAUUAAAAGCCCUGUAUCGGUCUUUUCGGUGUGUGUGUGUGUGUGUGUGUGUGUGCGCGUGCGCGCGUGCGUGUGUGCUUGUAUCAGAAAAGAAAAAAAAACAUCUUUGCCUUGUUUCCUGACCUGAGCAGGAGCUUUUAUUUUGAAGAGAACAGAUGUGACACACCUGGAUAAACACACACACACACAGACUCUCAGUGCCUAUAACUUUCUUUUGGGAAGUUGCGAGUACGACACCGGGGCUGUUGAAGGUCAGACUUUUAUUUUUUCAUCUCUUCGCUAGUCGUUCAUUUCCUGUCAUGGCGUGUUAUUUAGUCACCUGACUGGGUUGUCGAGGAGUCGCAGACGUUUGACCCUGACUGACAUCCCCUGCACCUGCGGGGGGUGGAGCUUCUCCUCGGCUCCCACCUGGAAUGUAAUCAUCAAUGUUUGUGUUUCCUGUCGUCGCCACUGUUCAGUUUUUCUUUGGAGUAGAAAUCUGUUAUUCAGAGAUCUGUGUUCUGUUUGGCUUUGAUUUGAUUUGUUGUUGUUUGGUUGUUUUUCUGAUCAGUUUGGUUUUUGUGUUCACUUUUUUUCUCGGUCGUACGGAGGCCUGAUAGUGCCAGAAACGCCGCUCGGUAUCGAUGUAGGCGUUGCUUUUUCCAAACAGCUCGCUGUGAAAAAUAUUAUCUGAUGUUCUAACCAGAGUCCCACACGGACGUGAUCUGUACCUGAAGCGCUUGGCCAACAGACGCUUGCACGUUUUACGCGCUCAUGGAAUCGGGCCUCGGUUUUCUCGCUAAUCGUUGGUUUUGUUGAUGGUGACGAGUCCACCGUUCCCAGUGCAGGUUCAGAUUAUCUUCACAGGACUGAUAUCAGCUGUUUACCGUUCGCCUCCUACAGUUGUAUCACAUCUGGAUUAGCUUACUGCUAAUGCUAACACAACGUUCCCUGCCUCUGCUGCUUCACAUUAAAACACGUCAACUGGCUUUUAUUUUGAAGCGGCCACAGGAAACACUUCAUCUUUUUGAUAUUUCUGGCACUGGCGAGCCUCCGUACAGUAACUGGACGUUAGUCCUGUGAGGUCGGUGUCGGGUCGCCUCAUCGCAGCUCUCUGAUUGUGACUCUCACCGAGGAGCAGUGGCUGAAUGAUCGAUCAGCGGUCGAUGGAUUUUCCGGAGCGGACUGGGCCGAGUGUUUCUUCGCUCCUGAGACGCUGACGUGUAUCUGUGACAGUUUUUCUCAGCAGUGUUUCAGGCUUCAGGUUUUCACACUGAGUGAUUGAGUAUUGAUCAGCACUGAACUCAGUUUGUUGAAGUGUCUCCACCGAAUGUUCUUCUUGUUUUAUUCACAGCUUGUGUUAAAGCUUCAGUCUGUGAUCAGAGUGUCGGCGGCUGAAGAUCGGACAGUAUUGAUCUGUAGGAAAACAACUAUUUUCAUCAUCAGUGAACUGAUUAAUUAUUAGUCUUUAAAAUUAAAAUAAAUGUCUGACACAGUCAGUAAUUUUUUUUAUCCUGUUAUUUUAAGAUCAUUAAUCCAUGAUCUUGUUUUCUCACGUCAACACGACACUGAGCUCGUUUAUCUCUGGAGAACAGAAACCUGUUUCCUGGAGAUAACGAGGCAGAAGACGAGCGCCCAUCACAGAUUGCCGCUUCAUGACAGAACUACGAAUCCUGCUGGUGCACUGUGGGAUGUGAGUGCUGUUGGAGCUCUGUCAGAGUGCAUGAUGGGACACAGAAAACUAAAGUGGAGACAGUCUGUUCCAGCAGCACAGGAAACAGACCACGAGCAAUUUAAAGUGAUAAAACGACUGCAGCUGAUAAAAUGGAGACGAUCUCAACUCUGGAUCCAAACACUAGCUGCUGCUCUUCUGGAGCUUUUGACUGUAUCAUGUGGUCUUCCUCAUGUCCCACUGGCUCUGAGCACUGGAAGGAGUUCUCAUCCAGUUUACAUUGCAUGAUUACAAGUGUCCCAUUUUUUAAGGUUCUUUUUUAUUGACUAAACACACAGUAUGUUUUUAAAGAACCAUAGAGUGGAAAGACACGGGAGUCCGUGUGGGAGCUGUGUGAAUAAAACAUUAUACACAGUGGUAUGGUCCUUCCACUGCAGCCUGUUUGGCUCAGCCCUGAAUUAUUCACAGCAGCAUUUUAUCCUGUGCAACAGCUCCAAAAUCCCGCAUUUAGAGAGACACAUGAACGCACCAUCCACCCCUUCAUCCUCCUUUGCCACCUCCUCUUCCUCCUGUAGAACGAGCAGCUGAUGUUAAAUUAUUAAGGUUUUAUUACCGUCAGAAAUGGGUCGCUAAUACUUUAUUGUGUGUGUGUUUAAUAUUUCAGAGCGAAUCAGAUGUUCAGUAGAAAGUCAAAUGAAUGAGUGUGUGUCAGUGUGUUACAGUGUGUGUCAGUGUGUGUAUAAAUAGACUUUACAUCAGGCCUGCUGAAACUUUAAUGACUCUUCUUCAUGAAUAUAAUACCUUCUCCACUCCAUCCUCCAUCCCCUCCACCUCCUUCAUCACCCCUCCAUCCCCUCCACCUCCUGCAUUACUGCUUCCUGCCGAUUUAAACAAUGAUGAACGUGUUUAUUAGCAGAAAGAGCAGAAGUGAGAUCUGGUCACAUGAUCACCGGAGACUCAGGUGGAGAUGCAUUUUAAUACCAGGUGUGAACUGUCCACCUGUGAUGGGAUCACCUGAGGCACAUUGAUGCCAGAUGUGAGCAGGGCUUCAGUUGGCAGCACUGCCUGUAAAUACCCCCUGAUGAUGUAAUAGAAACCAAAAAAUUCAUUUUGAAAGAGCAACGGCCAAUGAGAAAACUCUGAUCCCCAGCCAGCUGGCCAAUGGUGUAACUUCCUCAGUCAGUUGGCGACAGAUGUUCACGGUUGCUGGUCCUGAUGUUGCUGUCGUGAUCACGUGAUCUGUCCGUAAACUGCAGCCUGAACAUUACUCUGACAGAACAGUCUGUUUCUGUGCUGAUCUGAGGUCAGCUUCAAGUCCAUCGGUGUGUUCUCUGUGUCCCUUCAUGCAUGAGAAAUACAGAAGUAUCCCGUUCAUCUCAGUACACCUUCAGUUUCAAGUCAACAUGAGAUUUGACUUUUUGUAUUUGUCAU